CUAUGGUUAUUUUGAGAAGGAGAGAAUGAGAUAGAGAAGUAAAGAAAGGCAUAUGCGGCAUGUCGUCGGCACUCUCCAUCCCCACCAAAACGCCGUUGGAGCGCAACUCAGCUUCUCCGUCUUCUGACUCUGACGUAUUUGCCUCCUUCCGUUUCCGUGGCACCGUAAUGAAGCGCAACCAGCGUUUCAAACGGGUUGCCAAAUCCAGGUUACCGGUUCAACAAACCGAACCGGUUCGGCGUUCGCUCCGAGUCAAACCCAACCCAUUACCGGAACCAGACACUUCUCCCGUUGAAAUGAAAAUCUUGCCACGCGAUUUCUUCCAAAUCGAUGCCCUGGACCUUGCCCCACGUUUACUGGGAAAGUUUCUUCGCCGAGACGACGUCGUUCUUCGGAUCACCGAGGUUGAAGCGUAUAGACCAAACGACACGGCUUGUCACGGUCGUUUUGGUGUCACUUCAAGAACUGCCCCUGUUUUUGGAGCUGGUGGGCAUGCCUAUGUUUAUCUUUGCUAUGGUCUUCACAUGAUGCUGAAUGUGGUGGCGGAUAAGGAAGGAGCUGGCGCUGCUGUUUUGAUACGCUCUUGUGCUCCAGUUAGUGGAUUCGAUGUCAUUCAACAGCGCCGAGGUCUGAAAACUGAGAAACCUAUACUUCUUACUGGUCCUGGGAAGGUUGGUCAGGCAUUGGGUCUAUCGACAGAAUGGUCUAACCAUCCUCUCUAUACAGCUGGUGGUUUAGAACUCUUAGAUGGUCCAGAGCCGGAAAACAUAUUGGUCGGUCCACGUGUUGGUAUCCAAUAUGCUUCACCAGAGCAUGUCAAUGCAUUGUGGAGAUUUGCCAUUGCAGGUACCCCAUGGAUUAGUGCUCCCAAAAACACUCUCAGGCCGGCCUUGUAGUCAAAAUAGCUGCUUAAGGGAAAAUGGUUUCAUGAUGAUUGACUGAUUACUUAAAUUCCUAUGUAUAUAUUUUCACCUUAGAAAUAGAUUGGAGAUUGAUCCUGCAUCACCUUUGAACUCUACUUAAGGUAUGGCAAAUGUUUAUCCUAAAGUCUAACAUAAAUUGAUUUUAGCUAUACUAAUA